AUGGUUGAAGGUCCUGUAAAACCUGUUCUCGAAAACAAUAUGAAACGUGGUUUUGUCAAACAGGUCUUGAGUGGAGAUUCUGUUGUAUUGCAAUUUUCGGUAGCGCCUGGAAGUCCUCCCAAUGAAACUACCGUUUAUUUAUGUAAUGUCGUUGCUCCAAGGUUGGCUAAACGUCCAACAGAGAAUACAGCUGCUACACCGGAUGAGCCCUACGCCUGGGAAGCGCGAGAAUUUAUUCGUAAAAAGUUAGUUGGUCAAACAGUUACUUUUGUGCGGGAGUUUACUGCUACCUCAGGACGUGAGCAUGGACACAUUUACCUUGGUGGCACAGGGCUCGAAAGCGCAGAGAACGUUACGGAAUCAGGAGUUUCUGCCGGUCUUUUGGAAUCUACAAAAAAAUUGUUGGAAUUACAAGAACAAGCAAAAGAGGCAAAGAAAGGUCGAUGGUCUGGCGAUGAACCAACAAAGCACGUCAGAAGUAUCCAAUGGUCUUUUGAUGAUCCCCGAUCUUUGGUUACUAAAUAUGGUGGAAAGCCUGUUGAUGCAGUUCGUGAUGGAAGCACUGUCAGAGCAUUUUUGUUGCCUUCCUUUGAUUAUGUCACAAUUGGUUUCAGUGGAGUAAAGACACCGGGAGUGCGUGUCGGAACUGAAGGAAAGCCUGAAGAAUUUGGAGAAGAAGCGAAGUUUUUUGUUGAGAUUCGACUUCUUCAGCGAGAUGUGAAAGUCAUUUUAGAAAGUACUUCGAAUCAAAACUUCAUUGGUAGCGUGCUUCAUCCACGAGGGAAUAUUGCUGAAUUUUUGCUGAAAGACGGUUUGGCAAAAUGUCUUGACUGGACAAUGGGUCUUGUAACUGGUGGUGGUGAGAAACUACGUGAAGCAGAGAACUUUGCAAAGCAACGACGUCUACGCAUCUGGCGAGAAGGCACAGACGGCGCUCUUCCUGUUCAAACGGCUGUUAGAACGCAACCACGGCCUCUUUAUGAUAUUCCUUUUAUGUUUGAAGCUAGGGAAUAUUUGCGAAAACGGCUUAUCGAUAAACGUGUCACCGUCAUGAUUGAUUAUGUGCAACCAAAACAAAACCAAUUUCCCGAGAAAACUUGCUGCACAAUAUUAUUCAAUGGUCAAAAUGUUGCUAUUAUGAUGAUAGAACGUGGAUAUGCUAAGGUCAUUAGACAUCGAAGUGAUGAUGAUAAUCGAUCUCAGCAGUAUGAUCAACUUAUUGCAGCAGAAACUAAAGCUGAGGCCGAGAAAAAGGGUCUUUGGGCGGAUAAAACUGACCAAGCAAAUACUCUACGUGUUCAAGAACUCCAGGGAGAUGCUCAACGUUCCAAGCAAUUUCUUCCCUAUCUGCAGCGUUCGCAGCGUAUUGAUGGACUAGUUGAGUUUGUGGCAAGCGCCUCACGUCUUCGCGUUUAUGUGCCAAAAGAAUCUUGCUUAAUAACAUUUCUCCUCUCGGGGAUAAAUGCACCUCGUACGGCAAGGAUUGGACCAAAUGGACAGCAGAUUGGAAGUGAUGAACCUUUUGCAGUGCAAGCAAUGAACUUUACUCGUCAUAAAUGUCUGCAGCAUGAUGUUCAAAUCGAGGUAGAGACUAUGGAUAAAGCUGGUGGAUUUAUUGGUUAUUUAUUUGUGCAAGUAGAACGAGGCGUUUGGAAGAACCUUUCCGAGUUAUUAGUGGAGAAUGGACUCGCAAGUGUACAUUUUACUGCUGAACGUUCUUCAUAUUAUACUCUUUUGACGAACGCGGAGAGAAUUGCAAAAGCUGCAAAACUAGGCAUUUGGAAGCAUCAUGUUGAGGAAGAGCAACAACUUAUUGACGAUAAUCAAAAACAAGGCAAUGAUACAACUGAACGAAAAUUAGAGUUAAAGAAGAUUCUGCUCACAGAAGUUUAUACAGGGUUCCGUUUUGCUGCGCAAACUUUUGAUGAUGGUCUUUCAAUCGAGAAAUUAAUGAAUGCCUUACAACUUGAACUCAAAACACCGUCUAUCAUUAAAUUUGUUCCAAAGCGAAAUCAACUUUGCGCUGCUAAAUAUACAGAUGGGAAUUUAUGGCAUCGUGCACGUGUUGAAGGUGUAAAGGGAGACAACGUUGAUGUGCUGUACAUUGACUUUGGAAAUAGGGAGACUUUGUCAAUGAGCCGAAUCGCUCCACUUCCUCCACAAUUCCAAUCUCAAGCGCCUUUUGCGAAAGAAUAUCAACUAGCUUUAGUAUCAGCUCCGCCUGAUCCUUCAUACGCUGACGAUUCAAUGCUAGCAUUUAAGCGCCUCUGUUUCUCGAAACCAUAUUUAUAUUUGAAUGUUGAAUAUCGAAUCGGGGGAUUAGAGGCUGUUACAGUGUUUGCAGAUGAUAAUAAGGGGGAGAAGCGUGAUCUUGCGAAAAAACUUAUCAUGGAUGGUUAUGCUCUUGUGGAAAAACGACGAGAAGCGCGCUUUCAGCAAUUGGUAUUUAUUUUAUUAAAUAUUAAGGGUAUCACGACUUUUGCGCCGAGAACAUUUGCGCCGCGACUUUUGCGCCGCGACUUAUGCGCCGCGACUUUUGCGCCGGGCGACUUGUGCGCCGCGACUUUUGCGCCGGGCGACUUAUGCGCCGCGACAUUUGCGCCGCAAUAA